GUUCCAGCAUUCGAUUAGUUAAACUUCCAGAACUUAUCAUGCCAGAACCAAGCGUCAAAGCUCCCAAGAAGGGCUCUAAGAAAGCCGUCUCUAAGGCCGUCAGCAAGACCGGCAAGAAGAAGAGAAAGACCAGGAAGGAGAGCUACGCCAUCUACGUGUACAAGGUGUUGAAACAGGUCCACCCCGACACCGGCAUCUCCUCCAAGGCCAUGGGCAUCAUGAACUCGUUCGUGAGCGACAUCUUUGAGCGCAUCGCCGGCGAGGCCUCCCGUCUGGCUCACUACAACAAGCGCUCCACCAUCACCUCCAGGGAGAUCCAGACCGCCGUGAGGCUGCUGCUGCCCGGGGAGCUGGCCAAGCACGCCGUGUCUGAGGGCACCAAGGCCGUCACCAAGUACACCAGCUCCAAGUAAACCUGCUGGAGACCAACAACACAACGGCUCUUUUAAGAGCCACCCACUUUCUCUAAAGAGUUUCUC